ACAGCGUUCAAUCAAGAGAAAGACGAUCUUUUUUUUGUAUCGUAGGUGAAUGAAUCAUGUUGCAACAACAUUAUGACCAACAACCACCACCGAACACUCGAUCAUCACCCAGUUCAUCGAUUUCCUCUACCCCUUCUUCCAUGUCUUCCGUGUCUUCAUUCACUUGGCUUGUCUUUUUGGAUGAACGAUGGACACCUUUCGAUAAUGUAAAUCAAGUCAAAUUGGAACAAACUUUAUCAUUGGGUGGUACCUUUGUUGAUAUCGCCGAUACUAAUUUUCCUCAUGUCAAACGAGUCAGGGUCUUUCCAAGAACAAAUUAUCUUAGUUACCUUGGUGUCAAAUAUCGACUUUCAAGAAUCAUGCAGCCUGAUGCUUGGAUGGAUCAUACUUAGUCAUAAUAUAGAUCG